UUUAUUAGGAGUGUAGUUAAAUUUUAAUUAUUAGUUGUGCAAAUUCUAAUAGAUCAAAAAUCCAAUUGAAAAUUAACAUACAUUAGUACUUUAUAUUGUUUCCGUUGUUUAAUCCUUAAAACUAUAUACUUUCUCUUGCUUUUUGGAUGUGGAUUUAAUAUAGUUCGAAUCGUCACUUAAAUCUAAUUUGACUCUAAGUCAACUAGAUCGUAUGCCCACGAUCCGAUCUGCAAAAAGGUCACCGAUUCUAUUUCUUGAGUCCAUCCCUAACUGUGAUCAAAAGUCAAAACAAAUUACAAAACAUCUCAAUUCUCGUUUUAGCUUGGCUUGUAUCUACAAAUGUUUUCUUUUAUUAAUCACACAGUAUUGACAAAAUAAAUCAUGAUGAAUGUAUUUCUAACAAAAAAGAUGGUAUCAAAGUUAAGCACAGUAUCUUAUCCUGUCACAAAUAAAAUUUCUGAUGAUGGGAGCUUGAAUGACCAUUGGUACAAACUGUUUUCAGACAGGCAACUGCCACAACGGCUUUCAAAGGAAAUGAUAUGUAGAGUUUGUGGACGAAAUGGUUGUACACCACUUAGUGAACACAUUUCAGAUUAUGAUAAUAUUAUGGGAGCAAUAAGCAGCAUUGGCAAUGUAGCGAUUAGCACUGAUGAUUCUUUACCUAAAUACAUAUGUACUGAAUGUUUAGAAUCUCUUAAGGUAGCUAUCAAUUUUAGAAAGAACUGUGAGGUUGCAGACAGAAAAUUUAAGAAGAUAUUGAAUCCCAUGGGAGAUCCAUCUUUACACUCAUAUCCAUACUCAAAACAUGACUUCCAAUUAAUACUUCACCAUUUUAAGAAGAAAAGAUUAAAACAUGAAGAGGCUCAGGAAUUGGAAAGAAAGAAAAAGGAGAGAUUACAACAAAAGCAACAGCCAAAGAAAAAGGAGAUAAAAUGUUCUUCCUGUGAUAUGGCAUUUACUUCAAGGGAUGGUUUAAUAGCCCACAGACAAGUGAAACAAUGUAUGCUCCGAGCAUGUGAUGUUUGUGGUCAGCUUGUCUAUAGUAUCGCGAAGCACAUGCGUCAUUUUCACAAAGAGGUCAUUUCACAUAAGUGUCCAACUUGUGGUAAGGAGUUUCCUGUUAUUGCAAGACUGAAAAAUCAUAUGCUUGUCCAUACAAACACAUUCAAUUUCUUCUGUGAUCUGUGCCCUUACAAAUGCAAGUACAAGUACUAUCUAGUGAUGCAUAUGCGCACACACACGGGCGAGAAGCCAUACAAGUGUACAUCGUGUCCCGCCACAUUCGUUAACCCGUCAAAUUUGAACAAACAUAAACUAACACACCAGGAAAAACAGUUUAAGUGCAUUAUGUGCGACAAAGCAUUCCGAACAAAUGCAGGAUUGCGCGAACAUCACGACGCAACACAUAUGAACAUAAAACAUGCUUGCAAUUUCUGUGGAAGGGAUUUCUGCUAUAAGUCAGACCUCCGCAAACACGAAAUACGAACACACAACAGAACGAAGAGAGAUUAUAUAGGUGGCGAGCCGUCCUACAAACAAGUUGAAAGAAUGCAAAAAGUAGACGUGGAAAUGGACAAAUGGCGACAGGAUAUGGUUCCUCAGCCAAUUGAAACAUAUAUAGAACAGAAGCAGGACUAUUUACCGCAACAAAUAUAUUACACUGAUGUUAACGGGAUUCUGCAGCCAGGAAUACCUCAACAACAAACCGUUCAGCUAACAUUACCGGAACUGGAUAUGAAAAAGGACGAAGUUAAAGUUUAUGGGGCACAGCAAUCUUUGGGAUAUUUUUAAAAUUAAAUUACGUGAAUAAUCGAUGCAGGAAAACAAUUUUUUUAAGUCACUAAAAGCUAGCAACAAGGGAGAAAACGUAAUUUAAGUGAAUUGUAAACUGCCACUAAUAUAUCUACAUAGGCAUUUAUAUUUUAGUCAUUGUCGAAAUCGUUGGAGCUUAAGUUGAGUGACAAUAUUUGUUACCAUGGUUACGAUUUUUCGUAUAAAAUAUUAGAUACCCAUGGUAACUAUUACUCGUUGACCUGCAAUUAACCUGCUAACGUGUUUAUGUCGGUCGUUCUAUAAUAGUUUUUUACCGGUUUAUUUAUUACUAUGUGACACAGAACUUUAUCAACGUAGAUCAAACCUCCCUACUUCGGCGGCUUAACUUUAAUUCAUAAUUUAUGCCUCAC